AUGGAUCUUUCUCGGAUUAUCAAGCCCUGGAAACUGGAUCCGCCGAAGACUUUGGUCUUUGUGAACGCGACUAUCAUCGACCCUGUUGAAGGACAAUUAAUUCCCAAUGCCAACGUCAGGAUAUCCGGAGGGAAGAUUGCCCAAAUCGACACCACCGGCUCCGAGACAGUAAAGACGGGCGUCGACAGCUCCGAUAUCAUCGAUCUCAGUGGAAAGUACCUGUGUCCCGGCCUGAUCGAUUGUCAUGUGCAUAUUGCCGUCACGCCUGGGGAAACCGACUUAAGGGCAUACCAGGACAUGACUGAACGAAUCAGUCUGCUCCGACAGCCUCACGUGCUCAAGACCAUGCUAGAGCGCGGAUUCACCUCAGUCCGCGACUGCGGUGGUGCGAGCCUUGCCAUGAAGGAGGCCAUUGAAGAAGGAGUCGUACCAGGCCCUCGCCUUUUCAUCGCUGGCUUUGCGCUCUCUCAGACCUCGGGCCACGGCCACAUGCAAAAUCGCCAUUCCGAUGAAAUCUGCUGCGGCGGUUCAAUCUCUGGUAUUAGCAGAAUUGUGGAUGGACCCGCCGAGUGCUACAAGUUCGCACGCAACGAGCUUCGACAAGGUGCGGACUUUAUCAAGAUCAUGGGUGGAGGCGGUGUCGCAAGCCCUACCGACCGCAUUGAACACGUGCAGUUCUCAGAGGAGGAGAUCAAAGCCAUUGUGACUGUUGCACAAAACGCGGGCACGUAUGUGACCAGCCACAGCUAUACGCCCCGGGCCAUUCAGCAGGCCAUUAAGCUGGGUGUUCGCGGCAUUGAACACGGCAACCUCAUCGAUUUGGAGACGGCCCAUUUAAUGGCUGAGAAGAAGGCAUUCUUGACACCGACUCUCAUUGCGCACGUCAUGUCUAAGCAGAUGAAUUUCCUGCCAGCAGAGAGUGCGGCGAAGAACGACGAAGUUCUUGAAAAGGGACUCAGAGCGAUGAAAAUGGCUGUUGACGUUGGUGUCACCGUCUGCUUCGGCACUGAUCUCCUGGGCCCGAUGCACUUUGCUCAGAGCAAGGAGUUCUCCGUCCGUAGCAAGGUUCUGACCCCGAUUCAAAUUCUGCGAAGCGCUACUAUCAAUGCCGCUCGUCUUCUCAUGCAGGAGGACCGACUCGGUCAGGUCCAGGAAGGCUUUGCCGCAGAUCUGCUGAUCCUGAACGCCAAUCCAUUGGAAGAUAUCACAAUUCUGGACCGGAGUGAGCAAAGUAUUCUGGGCGUUGUGAAGGAUGGAAGAGUUAUGACCUCCCGAUGGGAGAAACUGCGAGCGGACGCUUGAGCCGGUCCGAAGGUUUCUGGUAUUCAAGCCUAAUUAAUAUGGAAAUUAUUUAUCAAGAGAGCA